AUGUCCAACAGCAGUUUCUCCGCCACCCUCUUCGAUGUUGCAUUCACGCCGGGCAACCGAACGCUCAACUUCGAUGUCGUCGGUGUUAGCAGUGUCACCGGAAAUGUCACCAUCAACAUUGAGGUCUACGCCUAUGGUCUCAAGGUCUUCCAGCAGAACGUCGACCCUUGCGACUCAUCAGACCUCAAGGGACUGUGCCCGAUGAACGUUGGACAGAUCAACCUGCUGAGCAACGCCGUCAUUGAUGCGGAUCAGUUGUCACAAGUGCCAGGUAUUGCCUACACGGUGCCCGAUCUCGACGUUAAAGUCCGCGUGUACUUCACCUCUCUCGCCUCCAACAGGCACGUCGCUUGUGUCGAAGCAGAACUAUCGAAUGGAAAGACUGUGGAUCAAAAGGGUGUGGCGUGGACAACGGCUGUUAUUGGCGGUCUGGCUCUCGUAGCAUCUGCCAUCACGUCUGGCCUGGGUCAUAGCAAUACCGCAGCCCACGUCGCCGCAAACGCCAUGGCUCUGUUCGGAUACUUCCAGGCUCAAGCGAUGAUUGGAAUGACCGCUGUGUCUCUUCCGCCCAUCGUCGCAUCAUGGACCCAGAACUUCCAAUGGAGCAUGGGCAUCAUCCGCGUGGGCUUUAUUCAGACGCUCGCGACCUGGUACCAGCGUGCGACUGGCGGCACUCCCACCAAUGUCUUGUCCAGUCUGAGCGAGGCCUCCGUCCGUGUUGAAAAGCGUGGUCUGGAUGCUUCCUUCGCCAUGGCCAAGCGCGCAGUCACUCAGGUGGCGCGCAAUGCGCUGCACGCUCGUUCCAACGCCGGUUCGCCAACGACUGAUACCUCCUUGUCAAUCACUGUCCGCGGCCUUGAACGUGUCGGUUUCCGCGCCCGAAUUGAGCUGUCGAACAUCUUCAUGACCGGCUACAUCUUCUUCGUCGCUUUCAUCAUCUUCGUCGUUCUCGGCGUGCUCAUCUUCAAAGGUGUGUGCGACGGACUCGUCAAGGCUGGCCGCAUGAAGGGAGAGAAGUUCCAGGAUUUCCGCAAUGGCUGGACCACUGUCCUCAAGGGCAUCUUGUUCCGAUGUGUGCUCAUUGGAUACCCUCAAAUGGUUGUGCUCUGCUUUUGGGAGUUCACCCGCAAGGAUUCCGCUGCAGAGGUCGCUCUUGCCGUUUUCACCAUCUUCAGCAUGUUGGGCAUUCUCGGCUGGGCAUCAAGCAAGGUCAUUCGACUGGCUCGCCGUAGUAUCGCGAUGCACAAGAACCCGGCCUACAUCUUGUACUCGGACCCGGUCUCGCUCAACAAAUGGGGUUUCCUCUACGUCCAGUUCAAGGCCACCGCAUACUACUUCAUCGUUCCGUGGUUGGUCUACAUCCUCAUCAAGGGCAUCUUUAUCGGCUGUGUUCAGACGAGCGGUACCGCCCAGGCCAUUGCAUUGGUGGUCAUCGAGGCCGCUUUCUUGAUCACCGUCUGCGUUCUCCGCCCAUACAUGGACAAGAAGACGAACGGCUUCAACAUCUCCAUUGCGGUCAUCAACUUUCUCAGCGCCAUUUUCCUGUUGGUGUUCACCGGAAUCUUCAGCGCUCCCGGAAUCGUCACCGGCGCGAUGGGAGUCAUCUUCUUCAUCUACAACGCCAUUUUCUCCCUGGUCCUCCUCGUCAUGGUCUUGGUCGCUUCGCUCAUCGCUAUGUUCGCCAAGAACCCCGAUACCCGCUACCAGCCCAUGCGCGACGAUCGUGGCAGCUUCAUCAAGUCGCAAACCGCGCUCAACACCGAACUCGACGCUCUCGGCGCCACCGCACGCGGCGAGUCCAAGCACAACCCGUAUGUCAAGGGCAGCCGGAUCGAUUCCGACUCCGACUCCAUCUCGGGCGAUAGCAGCGGCCGAUCCAAGGAGCGUGAGUCUUCCACCGCAUACGGUGGCUACGCCUCCGACGCACCUCGAAGUCCUGGCCUCCUCCCGUCCGAGCACGGAUCUGCGAGGCAUAACCCUCCCUAUGACCGCAGUGCCGCCGCUAGCCCAUACAGCGACAGCCAACAGCGUUCAUUUCGUGCCAAUACUGCAAGUCCCAGUCCCUGGCAACGAGGCGCCGGCUACGAAUAA